GCCUGUUUACCCAAGGAGGUCUGCGCUGAUAGCACGUUACGUUGGUUUACUUUGCUUUCCUGGAGUUUAUUGUAAAAAGGGUGAAGUUUUUCGGAUCCAUCACGUGACCCUGACAGGUCCUGCCUAUUGAGAAAGCCAGACCACCCACAUAGAGAGGACGAUGGAGCGCUUAAUAGAAACAGGCAUGCAAUUGUGAGCCCGCUCAGCACUCUGCAGAAUGCCUGCAACCUAGGAGGAGGAUUAUUAUUAUUAUUAUUAUUAUUAUUUUACACUUUCUGUUCCCUUUCGGAGCCCGGGAGGAGGUGCGGGAGAGAAGGUGGAGGGGCGGGCAAGAAGAGAGCGUGGAAGGCAAGCAGGGAAAGGAUCAGGGAAAGGAAAAAAAGGAAAACCGAUGUGCUCCUAUCGAAGUCCUCUGCCUCGGCGGCGGCAGCACUGAAUGAAAUUGGCCGGCCCCACCGGGAGCUCACCCUGCCCCACCGAGGGGCUCAGCGGGGAGAUGGGAAAGGCUACUGGAAGAAAAUCACCACUGUGGCUAAGAGCAAAGUUUCAGAGACUGUUAUUUAAACUGGGCUGUUACAUUCAGAAAAACUGUGGGAAAUUUUUGGUGGUUGGCCUUCUGAUAUUCGGGGCUUUUGCUGUGGGAUUAAGAGCAGCCAAUCUCGAAACCAAUGUGGAGGAGCUCUGGGUGGAAGUUGGUGGACGAGUGAGUCGGGAGUUAAGUUACACGCGCCAGAAGAUUGGAGAAGAGGCCAUGUUUAAUCCCCAACUCAUGAUUCAGACACCACAAGAGGACUGCGCUAAUGUGCUAACAGCAGAGGCACUACGACAGCACCUUGAAUCUGCACUUCAAGCCAGCAGGGUACACGUGUAUAUGUACAACAGACAAUGGAAAUUGGAACACUUAUGCCAUAAAUCAGGGGAACCGAUCACAGAAGGUUACAUGGACAAGAUCAUAGAACAUCUUUACCCUUGUUUAAUUAUCACACCUUUGGAUUGUUUCUGGGAGGGUGCAAAGUUACAGUCGGGGACUGCAUAUCUACCAGGGAAACCCCAUUUGCAGUGGACCAACUUUGACCCCUUAGAAUUCUUGGAGGAGUUAAAGAAAAUAAACUCGCAAGUAGAUACCUGGGAAGAAAUGUUGAAUAAGGCAGACGUUGGACAUGGGUAUAUGGAUCGACCUUGCCUGAAUCCUGAUGACCCUGACUGUCCUAUCACAGCACCCAACAAAAAUUCAACCAAACCUCUAGACGUGGCCCUUGUUUUAAGUGGAGGAUGCUAUGGGUUAUCCAAAAAAUAUAUGCAUUGGCAGGAAGAGCUGAUCAUUGGUGGCACAGUUAAAAAUGGUACUGGGAAACUUGUCAGUGCCCAGGCUUUACAAACCAUGUUUCAGUUAAUGACUCCUAAGCAAAUGUAUGAGCACUUCAAGGGGUAUGAGUAUGUUUCGCACAUCAACUGGAAUGAAGACAAAGCAGCGGCAAUUCUGGAAGCCUGGCAAAGGAUGUAUGUUGAGAUCGUCCAUCAGAGUGUGGCACAAAACUCUACACAGAAGGUGCUUUCCUUUACUACAACUACCCUGGAAGAUAUCCUAAAAUCGUUUUCUGAUGUCAGCGUUAUCAGGGUUGCCAGCGGCUACCUAUUAAUGCUUGCCUAUGCCUGUUUAACCAUGCUGCGGUGGGACUGUGCUAAAUCCCAGGGUGCCGUGGGGCUGGCAGGAGUCUUGUUGGUUGCACUCUCAGUAGCUGCAGGAUUGGGCCUCUGUUCAUUAAUUGGGAUUUCCUUUAAUGCUGCCACAACUCAGGUUUUACCCUUCCUUGCUUUAGGAGUUGGUGUAGACGAUGUCUUCCUUUUGGCACAUGCAUUUAGCGAAACUGGGCAGAACAAGAGGAUUCCAUUUGAGGACAGGACAGGAGAAUGUCUGAAACGCACUGGGGCGAGUGUGGCCCUUACUUCCAUCAGUAAUGUUACUGCGUUCUUCAUGGCUGCCUUAAUUCCCAUCCCUGCUCUACGGGCAUUUUCACUCCAAGCUGCUGUGGUUGUGGUCUUCAACUUUGCCAUGGUUCUGUUAAUUUUUCCUGCUAUUUUGAGUAUGGAUCUGUACCGCCGUGAAGAUCGGAGAUUGGAUAUAUUCUGUUGUUUUACAAGCCCGUGCGUUAGCAGAGUGAUUCAGAUUGAACCUCAAGCGUACGCAGAAGCUGGUGACAGCACGCGCCACAGCCCUCCACCGCCAUACAGCAGCCACAAUUUUGCACACGAAACCCAAAUCACAAUGCAGUCCACUGUCCAGCUUCGCACUGAAUACGACCCUCAUACCCAGGUUUACUAUACCACCGCAGAACCUCGCUCAGAAAUAUCUGUACAACCAGUCACGGUGACACAAGAUAACCUCAGCUGCCAGAGCCCAGAAAGUACCAGGUCAUCCAGGGACCUCCUUUCCCAGUUCUCAGAAUCUACACUCCAUUGUCUGGAGCCACCCUGUACGAAAUGGACACUCUCCUCUUUUGCUGAAAAGCAGUAUGCUCCGUUCCUACUAAAACCAAAAGCAAAGCUUGUGGUCAUUUUUCUUUUCCUGGCCUUACUUGGCCUCAGUCUUUAUGGAACUACUCGUGUGAGAGAUGGACUUGAUCUUACAGACAUUGUGCCACGGGAGACACGGGAAUAUGACUUCAUUGCAGCCCAGUUCAAGUACUUCUCAUUCUACCACAUGUAUGUCGUUACGCAGAAAGCGGAUUAUCCCAACAUCCAGCACUUACUUUAUGAGCUUCACAAAAGUUUCAGCAACGUGACGUACGUUUUGUUGGACGAGAAAAAGCAGCUUCCCAAAAUGUGGUUGCACUACUUUAGAGACUGGCUGCAAGGGCUUCAGGAGGCUUUUGAUCGCGAUUGGGAAUCUGGGAAGAUCACAUACAACAAUUACAGAAAUGGAUCCGAAGAUGCUGUUCUGGCUUACAAGCUUUUGGUUCAAACGGGUAUCCAAGACAAACCCUUUGAUAUUAGCCAGUUGACUAAACAGCGCCUGGUGGAUGCAGAUGGAAUCAUUAACCCCAAUGCCUUCUACAUCUACCUGACAGCCUGGGUUAGCAAUGACCCUGUGGCAUAUGCUGCCUCUCAAGCCAACAUCCGGCCCCACCGUCCAGAAUGGGUCCACGAUAAAGCAGACUAUAUGCCAGAAACCAGGUUGAGAAUCCCAGAAGCUGAGCCUAUUGAAUAUGUUCAGUUUCCUUUCUACCUCAAUGGACUGCGCGACACUUCUGACUUUGUGGAAGCUAUUGAGAAAGUGAGAGCAAUCUGCAAUAACUACACCAGCCUCGGGGUUCCCAGUUACCCCAAUGGAUACCCGUUUCUCUUCUGGGAACAAUAUAUUGGUCUCCGUCAUUGGCUCCUUCUGUCCAUCAGCGUGGUUCUGGCGUGUACGUUCUUGGUGUGUGCCCUCUUCCUUCUGAACCCUUGGACAGCUGGGAUCAUUGUGGUGGUGCUGGCUCUGAUGACAGUCGAACUCUUUGGCAUGAUGGGUCUUAUUGGGAUAAAACUGAGUGCCGUGCCUGUGGUCAUCCUGAUUGCUUCUGUUGGAAUCGGAGUGGAGUUCACUGUUCACAUUGCCUUGGCCUUUCUGACCGCCAUAGGAGACAAGAACCGCAGGGCUGUCCUUGCCUUAGAGCACAUGUUUGCACCUGUGUUGGAUGGAGCUGUGUCUACGCUGCUCGGUGUGUUAAUGCUUGCAGGAUCCGAGUUUGACUUUAUUGUCAGGUAUUUCUUUGCUGUUUUGGCAAUUUUAACAAUCUUGGGUGCUUUGAAUGGACUGGUGCUACUCCCCAUUCUCCUUUCCCUUUUCGGACCAUAUCCUGAGGUUUCCCCAGUCGAUGGAAGGAGCAGGUUACCCACGCCAUCUUCUGAGCCUGCCCCAAGCAUUGUGAGGUUCACCAUACCACCUGGUCAUGCACAGAAUGGGUCAGAUUCUUCUGAUUCUGAGUACAGUUCUCAGACCACGGUAUCUGGAAUCAGCGAGGAGCUCCAUCAGUAUGAGUCCACUCAAAGAUCUGGUGCCCCGGUCCGCCAAGUAAUUGUUGAAGCAACUGAAAAUCCAGUAUUUGCCAGAUCCACUGUGGUUCAGCCGGAUACAAGGCAUUAUCAGCCAAGCCCAAGAUCACAGGCUUACCAAGAGUCUGGAUCCCAGCAAACCUGGCAUCAAAAUAAGCAGCCCAAAAGAGAACCAAGGGAAGGACUUCGGCCACCCCCUUACCGGCCGCGCAGGGAUGCUUUUGAAACGUCUACUGAUGGGCACUCCUGCCCUAGUAACAGGGACUGCUCUAGCCAGAGAGCUCGUUCUCAGAACAACAGAAACGCAGCCUUUACUGCCACGGGCACGUCGGUGCCUGCGUACGGUCAGCCUAUCACUACUGUGACUGCCUCAGCAUCAGUUACUGUCGCUGUGCACCCUCCAAUGCACGGCCACAAUACUCGCGGAGGAGGCUUUCCAUCCUACGAGGGAUACCACGAAAGCGACCAUGGACAAUUUGAGGACCCUCACGUGCCUUUCAAUGUCCGGUGUGAGAGGAGGAACUCUAAAGUAGAAGUAAUAGAAGUGCAAGAUGUUGAAUGUGAAGAGAGAACUCGUGGCAGCAGCUCGGAUUAAGGGAAAUAACUGAAGCAAAGAAGAGGCCAAAGAUGGGGAACCACCUCCUCUUUCGAGAACUGCUUGAAGAGAAACUGCCUGAAGUUAUGAAGAAGGACAAUGCUGCAUCAGGGCAACAGUUCACCAUUACUGUAACCUAUUGUAUUAUUUUGUGAAAUAUUUCUAUAAAUAUUUAAAAGAUGUACACAUAUGUAAUAUACAAGAGAAACCGUGUAAAGUAGUAUAAUCUGGAGUUAUUUUGACUCCUGUUUAACGGAGUGGGGACUGUUUUGUUUGUGCUCUGUUUGUACAUUGAUCUCUGUGCCACAACUAAGCUUAAUCUAGUCGUAAAUUUCAGCAUAUGUUUGCUGCUGCUUAAAAUAUUGUAUAAUUUACAUGUAUAAUUCUAUGCAAAUAUUGCUAAUGUAUUAGGGUUUGUUUGUUUGUUUUGUAAAGGUACAUAUGUGUGUGCGUGUGUUAAAGUAUUUUUAAAAAUUUCCAUAUCACAGCCCUGUGGUAGUGAUAUGUUUCUGUUAACUUUCAAACACGCUAUGCGUGAUAAUUUUUUUUCUGUUUUUUUCCCCUUUUUUAAAAAAACGAGCAGAUAUGAAGAGCAGUGUGUUUAACCUUGAUAAGUGUAGCUGGGGGGGGCUUUGUUGUGUGUGUGUGCGUGUGUGUGUGUAGUUGUAUACUGUAGUUACUUUAUGGAGCACCGACUAGCGGGAAUUUCCAUCACAUGCCCCACUGAAAUUCUUCUUGCGUGUUCAAGUAUAUGGUUCCUGUGCUGUGCUAAUCCAAUGGGUCGUGUGCAAGAGAUUUUCUCAGAAGUGUGUGCUUACUGUUCCUUGACCUUGAAAAACAACCCACGGUGGCUAAGGCUCCAAUCUUGCACAUGUAUACUUGGGAGUAUGUUCCAGUGAAAUUAGUGGGACUUCCAUGAGUGGUAUUCAAGCUGAAAUCAAGUUACUCUUGACUGACGGAGUUCAUUGAUUUCAGUGGUCUACUCUGCGUGUGUAUGUAGCCACAUGUAGAAUUGCACCUAACUUGGUAAAAAGAAAACUAAUGAAAAUAUUCUAAGAGCUUAACAGCUGCUACUGACAUUCAUCAAAGAGCAGAGAUAAAGGAGAAGUGUGGACAGACUGGGAUUAGCAUUAGUGGGUUCUAGUUCCUGUUGUACCAAAUUUGAUUUUAGGGAAACUACCUAAUCUGCCUAUACCUCUUUGCUCAUAUGUACUACGGUUAGAAUUGUGUCUCUCAGCGGCGAUGAAGGUUUUCAUCCCCAGUGAAUCAUACGACAAGAAUGCCAUAAUAAAAUGUUGCUUGAAGCUAAAGGCUGCUGAAAGCCUUGGCGUGUGCUAAUUGCAUAGAUAUGAUUUUUUAAGAGACAGUUCUUGCUACAUCCUGAACCUAGUACAACUAAUAUAGUUGCCAUAGUGCCGUAUGUCCCCAUAGUUUCAGAAAACUUCAGGUAAAUAGAAGGCAGCUUCCAUUCAGGAAGUAGUUGAAUUGGUCUCUUAGUACCUCCAAGUUAUUAACCCUGGGAGAGGCACAGUCCUGUUUUGAUCAUGCUGGAACUGCAAGGACCAGUGGUGGAAAGAGAGACUUGAGCCAGAAGGCACCGCAUUGUUUCAGUGGUACAUAAGCUACUGUUUAGAAGGGCGCCAAAGCUCAAUCUACAGCUCCAGCUUCCUGUCCAACGUGAAAAAUGUUUGUGGCAAAAAGGCCCCAAUUGGGCCCUAGAAGUGUCACGAUGUCAGACGAUAAAACAAGGACAAAAGCUCUGCAACAGAACAGGAUGCUACGAAUUGCAAGCUACCUUUCACUGCCAAACGUUGCAGCGGGAGAGGUCAUGGUGGUGCCCCACGGAUUAUGCUUUGGGGCCACUCACUCUGCACUCUAGCCGCAUGAUUAUUAUUAUUGAAACAGGAAGAGAAGCAGAAAGUGGAAAAGGCUUUGAUGUUCAAUAGCCCCUUCACCUUAGCCUGUGUGUGUGUGUGUGUGUGUGUGUGUGUGUGUGUGAUCCCCCCCCUCUUUUUUGUGGGGUGCCUGCUCCUUGGUGCAUAGUAUAGACCAUCUGUCUUCUUGUCACAUUGGCAAAAAGAGACCUCAGUGGCUGGCUGUUCUGUUUUUUGUUUUGUUUUUUAAUAAAAAACUUUAAUUUUUGUUGAUAUUUAUAUUUUUGUAUCAUAAGAAUGUUUUCUUACAGUAUUUGUCAUGCCAGUUUAUAACAAACACAAUGCAGGGAUUUUAUUUCUAUUGGAAACACUAUUACAGCUAAGUUUCUACUUUUUAAUGGAAUCUUUAUUUGUAUAGAAUGCUUACUAAUGUUAAAUAGGAAGAGAGUAUAUAACAUUUACAUUAAGGACUCAUUUUGUAGCUUUUUAGAGUGAGGAGUUAAAAGGAAAAAAAAAUAUUCAGACUGGGUCUCAUUGCCUGCUUUGUUUUGAGCAGAAAUGGGUUGUGUUUCAGUUACAAAGAUAAAAGUAUGCCAUAUAAUUUAUUUAUAUGAAAAUUUAUUUUUGUAGUGUAUAUAGUAGCCCUCAAUUCUUUUGACAGAAUUAUAUUUUUAAAGAGUUUAUAUGUAAUGAUGAUACCAUUAUGUUUUGGAACAUUACUGAGACAUAAAUACAAUGCACAUUUUUAAUUACAAGUCCCAUUUGCAAACAAAGAAAAUGUUAACAGUGUUAAAAGAGAGUGUGGAUAUUCAUGUCAUUCUGAACUGUUUUAGUUGCCAUUUUGCGAUCUAGCAUGGUUCUCAAUUUUAAAUCAUGAGUGAAAAUUUGUACAAACUCUCUAAACUUUAAUGUUCAAACACUGAUAGAAAUUCUAACAUGAAUAAAAAAUAUUAUAACUUA